GCUGCUGUGUGAACCAAGUCCCUCCUCUCGUUGAGUUUGACCCAUGAUUUGACCACGGAUGUCGGUGACCAGAGCCUCCGAGGGCCGCCUGUUGUAAACAUCACCACCGGACCGACAGCCAGCAACGGUCCCGUCCAUCAAUGGCCGAUUCACCCGCCUUGACGAUAGAUCAGACUACAGAGACUACUACAGAGACUGGAGCAGCGGGGGGAACCCCAGACUACACCGCCUUCGUCCUGGUUCCCGUUUUCUUCCUUCUGGGCCUGUUGGGGGUGGUGAUCUGCCACGUGUUGAAGAGAAAGGGCUAUCGGUGCACCACUGAGGCGCAGGAUGACGAGGAGUGCGAGGAAGAAGACAAGGAUCCGGAGCAGGGCGGAGACAUGAAUGACACCCUCAGUGACAACAACGACACGGUCGGACAGAUCGUCCACUACAUCAUGAAGAAUGAAGCAAACUCAGACGCGCUGAAAGCCAUGGUUCAUGAGAACAGCAUUGAUUCUGACGGUCCCCCGCUCACCCCCACCUCUCCCGACACCCCCAUCCCCACCCCUCCGAUGACUCCCAUAUCACCGGGUGCACCGCUAGGAGCCGCCAAGCACACCUGCAACCACCUGCACACCAUCGGCGGCGCGGGCGGCAACAAGAACAUCUGCAGCCGCUGCAGCCAGAAGAAAUGGCCGCUGAUGAGGAGGCCGUCGGCCCGUAAGACGGAAAACCGGCGCAGCCAACAAGGAGAGAUCACGGUUCUCGCUGUGGGCAGGUUCCGGGUGACAAAGUGUGAAAAACUAGCCAAGGAGAGGCGGACCCUGUUAAUAACAGACUCCAAUGGGAGCGUUCCUUCAUCUCCUACGGAGGUGGAACCCAAGAGUCGGACCAUGUCAGAGUCCCAGCAGGAACAGACGGACAACUUGAACAAAGAGAACCGAUAGAAAACCAGAUGUCCAAAGAGAGGAGGGAAACAGCAUCUGGACACUUUUUUAAAAUCCCAAACGAGAACAUCAUCAGCAAAAAUCAGCAGUGGAGGAGCGAAGUCGACUCGAGAGUCGUGCCUCCACAUUCCUGCUCCACGGGGGAGCCAAACGUGCUGCUGGUGAUGAGGACGGCGGUGGCGAGAAUGGCGUUUAAAGUCACACUGGCCACUUAUUUUACAAGCAGAAAGGAGGUAAGGUGUGUCUGUUUAUGAUACAAUCUAUAUCCUCCCAAACAUAGAUUUACAGUUAGUGCCUUGCUCACGGGCGUUAAAGCAGGGAAGCUGCUCAACGUCAAGGAAGCCUGAGCCAUGGACGCGAUCCAUGAUGUAUGUACAUAUGAUUUUGUAUGUCAAGGUAGUUUUUGCAUGUUAUGAGUCAGAUAAUUGAUAAAACUACACUCCAGAAAACAGGUACAACCAGUCUUAGAUUAUAUUGUAGGUUGUCAUUCCCAAACAGGAAGUAGGAACAACCCUGACGUAGAGGUCACAGAGCCAGGAAGUAGACCAAAGAUGUGAUAAGAGUAAAGCAGCAGUAAUCGUAUCCUGUAGUGGCGUGAACGCGAUGCCGUCAGGAUGAUUAGGCAUUAUCGUCAGGUUUAUGUGUCCUGCUUUCAAAACAGAUAAUCUGCUGUCUUAGCUUCCAGUCUGAGCUCUAAUGAAGAAGACAACGCAGUAUUCUGGGUCAAACAAUUAGCUGUAAUACUCACACAGGGGCUGCUCACUCAGUGACAGUGUUAUUCUGACAUUAACAGCCAAAAUCCUGAUGCAGGUCAGUCUGCUCCUUCCAGGUCACUGCCUGGUUUCCCCCUUUUGUGAUUUCCCAUGGUUCAAACCGGCAUUACUAAAUCUUUAAACUUGCCUUAAUAGUUUUUUUUCUUGGUCACUCUUGUGGCUAUAAACACAUUUACAUAUUAUCAGCUUAUAAAGGGGUUUUGGUGGAUGUGUUUAGCAAACAGUUGCCUAGUUACACAUCCAGAAGUCAUUAGCAGUCAUGUGGAGUUUCUGUCCAAAGCCGUAUUUUAACUUCAUUGUGCGGCUCGACUCUUCUCUGCUCACUUUUUGUACCUCUACUUAGUUUUUUCCACCGUAUAUAGUACUUUGCAUAGUACCCCCUUCAACGUAGGUGGAGCUGAUCGUCAUAGCAACGCAGUUGGGAAAAACAAGCCGGAAACAACAGAGAGCUUUACUUUGGUGGAGAAGCUGCAGCUGUUAUUCACUAGAAACCUACACUACCUUUACUGGCAGACUGACACCCUCACUGCACCGCUGUCAUCCACUCACUACGCACACAAGAGAGAGCGUUGCUCUUAUAAUGGAGGAUAUGGAGUGACGGGAUCCACGGUCAACUAGUUAGCAAGCGUUUUGCUAACCUUAGCUAACUUCACAUGUACACUAUAUACACAUAUAUAUAUAUAUGUUGGUUUUAUCUUUAACCAUCUUCAAACUAGUACUGUCUUUUCAUCAGACGAGCCGAGCACAAAGCUUCUCUAAGAACAGGAGAGGAGAGAGUUGACCGAGGCUUGCUCAACUGUUGUUGGAGCGCAGAGGUAUCAGCUCAGCACUUUUGGAACUUCGACUGAGGUGGUACCAUAAAAAGUACCAGGUACCGUCUAUAAUGGGAAACCCAAAAAGAGCAAGCAGAGUCGAGCCGUACCACGAGGUGGAGUAAGCGGCUCAAUAUUCAUUCUUUAUGUUGUUCUGAGACUGAAAGAUUUAAAACAAGAAGCGGUUGUUACAAAAUUUGGGAGUUUAAAAGACAUGAAUGUUUACCAGUUGAAAAGAUGCACUAGUUGCAUUAUGGGAAAUGUAGCAUACAGUGUUGUAUCUCAGCCUUUUUCUGCUUUGAUUUCGAUCACUUUUUAAAAAAUCUGUCUCAUGUGAGUCCUGCAACUUCAUGCAAGUGAAAUCACUGGAGUAACCCUUAAAAGACGAGGUCAGACAUAAUCAUCCCAACAUGUCAUUUUCCCAGACCUUUGUGAUGAAAACACAUCAUUUUAGCCGGUAUUUGUGAAUGUAAUGUCAUUGUGCCUCGUUUAAAAAAACAAACGAACAUACCUUUUUGUUAUUCAUAUUUUGGGGCAGUUAGAUGUAUUUUCAUUGUUGUGUAAUGAAUGAAAUAAAGAUGACUAAUAACAUAUCAAACCAUAAA